AUGUUAUUAAAACAUUUUGACGUUUACUUGUUACCGCUGUUGUGCACGUUGCUCGUCAUUGGUUUUCACGCAACCGCAGGUCAGCUGGUACGAGUUAAACUUGAAAAGGACACAAGUCGGGUUGGUCAGGUUUGCAGACCGGACACAGAAUGUGUUCCUGGGUCCGAAUUUUGUGACAUAAAUUUGAGACCAGAAUACCAACAAAAAUGUGGUUUGGGAAAUGAAUUAUUAAUGAGCUUUUGCUGCCCUGUUGACAAAGUUAUUCAAAAAAGAGGUAGAAGAAUGACUAAUGACAACGAUGAAUCAGAAUUGGAUAAAGCUAUAGAUAGAGCAGCACCAGAACCCAUUAAACCGUUACUAGAAGAACUGGAAUGUGGACAAAACACAAAGUCUAUAUCAAAAAUUAUGAAUGUGCAAAAUGCUAAAGCUAGUGAUUGGCCAUGGAUGGCUGUGCUAUUAGAAACGACUAACUAUAUCAAUUUCUGUGGUGGAGUAUUACUUAAUCGACGAUUUGUGUUGACUGCUGCUCAUUGUUUUAAAAAACAUACAAAAGAAGAUACCGUUGUUAGACUUGGUGAAUACGAUUUCACCACUGACAACGAGACAAAAUACAUUGACUACAGGCUAUCAGAUAUUAGAUUACAUCCAGACUAUAGUCAAGCUACGCACGAGAAUGACAUCGCCAUAUUACGGUUAAAAAGACCUACAAUUUACAGUUCGUUUAUUCGGCCUAUUUGUUUGCCUAAAACCAACAUGGAAGUGUACAAAAAAAAUGCUGUUGUUGCUGGUUGGGGCCAAUUAGUUUUCGGUGGUGAAGUCAGUAAUGUUCUCCAAGAAGUGGCAAUACCAAUAUGGGAACAUGACCAGUGCGUUGCAGCUUUUUCACAACCAAUUUUCAAAACAAAUCUUUGUGCUGCAUCGUUCGAAGGGGGCAAGGAUUCCUGUUUGGGUGAUUCUGGUGGUCCGCUGUUAGUUCAAAGACAAGACGGAAAAUGGACUAAUGUUGGAGUAGUGUCUUGGGGCAUUAGUUGUGGAGAAGUCGGAUUCCCCGGCGUUUACACAAAAGUCACUUCAUACCUCAAAUGGAUAGCUGUGAAUGCACAGGAUGUCAUUUAA